CAUAACUACUUGCCACAGUCACACGUUUCAGUCCUAAGUGACAGUAAUAUUAGCAACCCUCUUAAGAUAUUCACAAUGCCUGAUUUUAAAUAAGUGUGUUUAUGUAGUGUGUUGUUACAGUUCAUCGCAGGACAGUUUUUUUGUUUUUCUAAUUCUGUCUUCUUGUUCAUCUAUCAGCUUGUUAAUUAAAAAGUAUCAUAUGGUUUAAUAUACUGUCUCACCAGUUUCAUUGUAAUAUUAAAAGGCAUGCACAAUGAAAUGUAUGACAGCCAAUGUUUGCUACUUCAUGAGCUCAGAAUGUAAUUAAGGAUAAAUUCAUAUCAAAUACAAUAUCUGCUUGGUUUUAUAGGGCCAAAACACAUUUUCACGAUACUUUCAACAAAGACAUCAUCCUCCUUCCAAGGCCAUCAAGCUGCGUCGUCGUCAAGCAUCGCACAAAGCAGCAGUUACAUGAACAUGGACAUAUAUUGAAUGGAUUUGAAUUCCAGAAAUCCUGGGAUCAGAAGACUGUCAUUGAACAAAUAAGGGAUGCCUUUGGAGAGAAAAUCCCUGUUGAUGUGAGCAUAGAUUUUCUGAUGGCAUGUGGCAACAGACUGAUUUCGCCCAAACUCCGUGCUGGACAGGAGCUGGAUGCAGUUCUCAUCCUUAAAAUAUAUAAAUCGAAAGCUCUUUACAUCAGACCAUCAAAGCCAAUUUUGGAUGAUAUUACAGGCUACAGCGGUGAAGACAACAAUGGUGAGGAAGACACUGGUCCAGCAAGACAGCUGCGCUCAUCACUAAGACAAGAUCGAUACUCACAUGCAUCUUCAGACAGUUUCACCAGUCCAGCGACUGCCUCCCCAAACUGUACGUCUGCAACUGAAACUUUUUCUAAUGAAACGCCUGUCUUCACCUACCAAAGCAGUAUGUCCCUCAACCGCAGCAACACUUCAGCAAGCAGUUCUUCUAGUCAAUUGCCAGUAAGCGCACUGGAAAGCUGCCCUUCCACCAGUCAGCCUUCUACCUUAUCAUCAACUUCAGAUGAUCCAAGCUCACACUACCAAAGCAGCACUCCAGCAAGUCAUUGUUCUGCAUUACCCUCUACCUCAACUCAUGAUCAAUCGUCAAACUAUGACAACUAUGUGUCAGUAAUGGCUGCACUGUCUGACAUGUCUUCAGAUGAUGAAGAAUUGUACCAGGCUAUCCUAGCAAGCCUGCAGAGUGAAAGAAUGACCACAGAAUCUUCGGUGCCAGUGAGAGAUAUUUUGCAAGAUCUUUCAACAAAAAUAAACCAUCAGAAGAAAUGCAAGUUCAACAUCAACCGAUCCACAGUCCUGGAUGGAGCCAUUAGAGGUUUUAAAAGAGGGACAUACGAUCCAUGCCACACUAUUUCAGUCAGGUUUUCUGAUGAUAUGGGAGUCCCUGAGGAAGCUGUGGACUUGGGUGGACCAAGAAGAGAAUUUCUAAGACUUCUAAUGGAAGCUUUACCCCACUCUCCAAUGUUUGAGGGAGAAGAAGGCAAAAUGAACUUGGCCCUUGACAGUACUGCCAUGAGAGAGGACAGGUACUUCAUUGCAGGCAGAGCCAUUGCCGUAAGCCUGGUACACGGCGGUCCUCCAGCAGGCUUCCUGUCUCCAACUCUCUUCUCUUGACUUGUUGAUGGCCCAGAAUUGGCUAAACCAGUUUUGAAAGAUGUUGCAAAUAACGACCUGCGUGAAAAAAUUAAAAGGGUCACAGAGUGUAAAUCAUUUGAAGAUCUGCUAGCAACAACAGAACCACUUGAGGAGUACUUGGCUAAUGCUGGCUGCCUGAGGCCACUGCGAAGGCUGGAAGACAAGAAUCUGCUUGUAGAUGACAUCUUGAUGUUCCAAGUGAUACACAGAGUCCGUGGUCCUUUUGAGAGAUUUCGAGAUGGACUAAGAACGCUUGGUGUGCUGGACAAAAUCCAAGCUCAUCCAGAGAGUUUUUACCCCCUGCUAUGCUGGUCUCCCACAACCCUCACAGCUGAUGUGGUGGACAGCCUCUUCACCAUCCGCCUAUCUCCAGUUGGCAGCAAUAGGAGGCGUGCUGAAGAGGUUGUUGUUCCUUUCUGGAGAGACUACCUAACAGAUGCAGAAGAUCAAGAAGGAACACAGAAGCUGGGCACAAUUCUUGCCUUUGCCACUGGAGCCAAUAUUGUUCCUCCAGUUGGCUUCUCUCCACAACCUUCCAUUGAAUUUCUUCACCAAGAGUAUGAUGCAGGGACCACCUCCAAACUGCCCAUUGCAAACACCUGCAUCAAUUGCUUGAAGUUACCACUGCACACCUCUUACAAGGACUUUGAGGAAAACAUGGACUUUGCAUUGGGUAAUACCCAUGGAUUCGGCAUGGCUUAAUUUGUAUCUGGGUCGUCUCCUCAGCAUUCUGUAUUCCUACUCAAAUACAUAAAUGUGAGUCAGCACUCAAAAAAUCCCAAGACAGUUUUUGACACAUGCUUUUGUUUUGGAUAUCAUUCCACACAGUGUUUUGAUACAAAAAAGGAUAAAAAAUACACAUUGGUUGCAUCUUUGUUAAAACAA